AUGGUUUGUUAUCAUGACAUACAUGUAACACCAAGGACUCGUUCAGGUUGGAUACGUGCUGCUCCCCGUGAGGUCUCCAAAUGGUUUCAUGACUUACCACUGCCCAACAGGGUUGAGUUCUUCUGUGGCCUUCUUCAGUUAUGCACUCCUAUUGAGCUGCGUUUCUACGGCAGCUGCCUCGAAGAGCUGGCCCGACUUCACUACGAUGAAUUGAGGGAACUUGAUAAAGAGUCUAAUUCUGUGAUUGACCCAAAAGGCGAAGACUGCCUUAGCUUGCUUUUCAAGUCUCCGUCACCUAUGGACCAUGCGGGUUGCACAAUCAUUUGUGAUUCCUCGAAGUUCGACUUAAAGCGACUGGGCAUGAACCCGUUACCGUCGUCGUUUCACGUCCUCACGACUGAUUCCCUUUUACGAUCGAAAUUAAUUCUUCGCCUUGCAUUACUGCGGUCUGCAAAUACUGUCAGUGCCCAUGCUUACUUCGAGGCUCUUAUGACCGACAAUGCUGCACCCAUGAUGGCCACUGCUCUACAACACAAUCGGGACCAGACUAGGUUGGGUGGCUCGGCUUCCUAUCCUAUGUUUUCCUCAAAGUGGUCCAAUGGCAUAUCUUCUGACGAAAGUGAGGAUGAAUCUGUUCGAUCCGGUUGUUUAUCAUCGGGCGAGCUUAAAACAAUUGAGGAAAUCUUAUUGAUAUAUACGCUGGCCGCGUUCCAUCCGGCAUUCACAUUCGAUCAGCGUCAGCGUCUAUAUACCUACCUGGCAGCCUUACGCCUGUGGUCUGACGUCCUUCGGGGGGUUCAUGCAAAACAGACUCGCUCCAGUCUAUCACAAGCAUGCCCCAAUGGUACCGAUACGUCGGACUCUGGUGUCCGCCACCAAUCACAGGAGGUAUUUCAAAACUGUUCCCUUGAAUUAACCCGCUCGCUGGAGCUACACUCCAAACGCUCUGGAAAAAACCCUAUAUUACCCUGCCCCCGCGCAUCGCAUCCUUCGGAUGCGCAACCCUGCUCAGUCCCUGUAUGUCGUCGUCGUGGACGAGCAGACUUGUUGUCUCGAGACACGCGUCCCCUACCUUCAGGACGUUGUUCUUCCUGUGAAACUCGGCGACAGGCUAAUUCUCAACAAGCUGAUUUGAAAGAAACUUUAGAUAAGAGGCAAAUAUCUAACCAAUUUCGCACAGAUUCAAUCGGAUGCAACACAGAACAUCCAAGGUUCUCUCUGGACAGUUCGGAUGACAGCGCCGUAAGCCAAGUAUCUUCAAGUACUUAUACAGAAUCUUCCAUUCCUCAUCCUUCCACGGAACCUCAUAAUAUCGAUCCAGGCAGCUCGUCAGAUGAGCUCAAUUCCACCUCUUCCCGCACACUCACAGCAUCUGACCGCAUUUCAGUGAUCCGUGAUCUGGUUUUGUCAACCAACGACUUAUCGGUAUCCCCACGUAAUCCGCGCAAUGUUGACCGACGGGAGCCACCAGGUAGUUCAUCAACCCACACAUCGGCUGGCCCGUCUACGUCACGUUUCAAUCCAUCCGAUGCGGAUGUAGGCCUUUCUCAUUUCGGGUUGGGUAAACAUUCUAAAGAUGUACCUGAGUAUUGCCGCUUAGCUCCCAAACGCCACAGCUCCGGAUCCUCGCCUAUCUCCACCCCGCCCUCCGAAGACAGUGGCUCCGAAACAGUUGCCCUUACAACUAGUCCAACCUCAGGCUAUUGGGGUCGUAAAGAUCCAACCUUGUUCACUGCGAUUCCGACAAUCUACUCAAGCACCACGAUAAGCCAGACUACAUGUCCGAUUUCCGGGGCAAUCUUCCGAUACCCACCCCCUUUCUGGAAUCCCACAAACCCCAACGUUCAUUUAUUUGGUCCCUCGUUCUACACACAAUCCUACAUGAUGCCUACUUCCAGUCUGUGGUUAGCUAACUCUCCUCCUCCUCCCGGUGCCCCAUGGGCGGUUCAUCCGUCCUGUGCCACGUUUGCCAUUCCUCCAGUCCAAUUCGCUUCUGUGACUGAUCCGAGUGAUGUGGAAUCGAGAGACAAUGCGGAUCCGAGUUCGUCCUCUGUUGGUUUAUGUGAAGAAUGCAACGAUUCUUUACCGGACACGGUCGACUGUGGAUCGGCUGCUAAUAUCAGUCCAUCUGGUCGUGUGAAUCCAUCGGGCUCCCGUGCGGGGUCUACCCCGCCAGCACCAGCACCUACUGCAGCACCUUCAACGCAUCUUAUUCCUCCACAAACAUUACUCAUGUUCUGUCCCCCCGGUCCUUUAGAUCUUCUUAGGUCUGGUCUGCUCCCCAUCGAUUUGGCCAGUGGUCAGCCAGUGCAGUACAUGCCAAUUAACGGGAUAUUAUCAAACACAACGCAUGUAACAACCUCGGUAUCGUCUGUGGACGCUAGCCAAGGGGAGAAUGUCGAUUCCCCCGGAUCGUCCAACGCAGAUGACGCGACUGCUCCUGCUCCACCGGCUGUAUCUAUACCUGCGGUGACUAAUGGAAUGAAUUUGAUCCAUCCGUUAUCAAGGUAUGUUUAUCUGUCGGUAACGUAG